UGGUCGGUAUGAAUCGCUUUAACAGCAGCGUCAACAGCAGCAGUUCGCACCGUGGAGGCAACGGCGACGAGAGAAACAACAACAGCCCGCCAGCAGAGAAACAGCCAACUGGGUUCUUACAUGUCCGACUCCUGUGUCUUAUUUAUGGUCCUGUUAUCCCGGAGGAGCGUGUGAGGAGGACAGCGACGGCGGUUUAGUCUCUGAGAUGUAACGGUGGACUUUAUUCACGCAGCGAGCUAGUUAGCUAAGUAAGUUAGCCUUGCAGUGAUUUAUGCUAGUGCGUUAGCUGGACUGGACGGCAGUACUGGUGGAGUCAUAAAAGUUGAUGCACCAUUUCGACCUCAGGCCAGAGAAGAGUUGUUUUGUCCCUGUACUCACAGCUUUCCUGCUCCCUCCGUCCUACACUGCACUGUCCCGAGCAGAGGAGGAGUGACAGCUCUGAAUAUGGCGAGUGUUUUACACAGAGACUACAAAACUGGCACUUUUAAGUCAUUGGACUGGCACGUUGCCCAGCUAGUGUACCCAAGAUAAACAUUAAAUAAGAAAAUUCAUGUAAUGGCUAAGGAGAGUGACGGGAUUUAUCUGCAUGUCUCACUAUAUGGUUGCUCUCAGAGUUGCAUAGCAAUGGUUUACCACUGCUAAAGCCAUCUUAAAAGUACAUAGACACUUGCCUCUGUUGAAGCUCAACACAUUGACAUUGCGAGACAUGGACUUGCACUGGAUGUAAAGACUGACUGGAAACCUCAAUCUUCACAGCUGUCUCCAGGAGGGACAGUUAAUCUGAGCCUUGCUGCUGGUCCCCAGAGGUUAUUCGAGGGCCAACAUGUCAAUAUCAGGGUCCACGACUGUGCAGCUUUUCACCAAGCUUCUUAAGCAUGCGGUAGGCAAGGCACAGAUUCAGCUGAACCGCUGGCUGCAGAGGACUGCCACAGAGGACUGUGACAAAAUUGACAUCCUGAUCUGCAGCGCCUUUGACGAGACUGGGGCCGGCAUCGGGAAGUCAGAUGUAGACCCUGAGGUUAUCAGCGACACAGGGGGAACAACCUUCAGCAGCAGUGGGGAGUUCAGACACCCAUGCUGUAUCACCACCUUUUGCUUCAAGAGCGCCCUGCUGGCAUGCAUCCUGACUGCUGUGUGCUUCUCCUCGGUUGCACUGGUUCGCCAAUACCUCAAGGACCUCCUGCUCUGGGUCGAGAGCUUGGACAGCCUGGUUGGAGCUUUGCUGUUCAUAGUUGGUUUGAUAAUCGUGUCGUUCCCGUGUGGAUGGGGAUAUAUUGUUCUUAAUGUGGCAGCUGGCUACCUCUACGGCUUUGUGCUGGGCAUGGGACUAGUUAUGGUGGGAGUUUUAAUAGGGACCUUUGUGGCACACCUGGUGUGCAAACGACUAUUGACUGACUGGGUGCUGAACAAGGUUGGGAACAGUGAACAGCUCAGUGCUGUCAUACGAGUGGUGGAGGGAGGAAGUGGACUUAAAGUUGUGGCCUUAGCGAGACUCACCCCCAUACCAUUUGGGCUCCAAAAUGCCGUUUUCUCGAUCACAGACGUGUCCUUGCCAAACUACCUGGUGGCCUCCUCUGUGGGUCUGUUGCCCACUCAGCUUCUUAACUCCUACCUGGGCACCACGCUUCGCACCAUGGAGGACGUCAUCGCUGAGCAGAGCGUCAGCGGCUACUUUGUGUUCAGCCUGCAGAUCGUCAUCAGCAUUGGCCUGAUGUUCUACGUUGUGCACCGGGCACAGGUGGAGCUCAACGCAGCCAUCGCCGCCUGCCAGAUGGAGCUCAAGUCGUCGCACAUGAACGGCUCCUCCACCAAUCACAGCAGCUUCACCUACUGCAACAAGAGGGCGACGGCCGGCAGCGGGAACUGCAUUAAUGUGGUGUGACUGCCAAUCGACAUGCGGGGCAGUCGCUCGUACGACUUGGUCACUGAAUUGUAAGACUGGAGAGGAAACGAAGUUUAGACGAUGUCUGAAACGUGCUGGUGGCGUGGUUUAUAAUUUUCACCAUCAUAUUCUGACCACCCUUUUUAAGAAAAACCUUGAGGGCAUAAGUCGGUACGGUGUUUUAGGAGUGUGGGACCAUGCACCCUUUGAAGAAACGGUGCUGAUGGAAAUGGUUUAGCGGUACAUCUUCUUGGGAAAAUUCUUUUCUUUCUUUUGAUUAAGGCACUUCUUAACCUAUUCUUAUCUAAAUUUACUCUGUUACAGGAGAUGUCAAUGAAAUGAUGUUUAGAUUUAUCAGAGGAGGCUGAGUGAGUGAGUGAGUGAGUCAUUCAAAACACUAGUUAGGCAUUAACUGCCUGCUAACACUAUGAAUGUGCAAUCUGGAGCUUUCUAGACAACCAAGGAAUUGUUUUUCCAUUUUAGUGUCAAAAGAAUGCCAACCUAUGCACCUUUCUGUCAUACUACAUCUGUUUUUGUUUUCGUUAAAGAGAUUUAUAAUCCAGUGCUAAUUCACAGUACAAAUAAUAAGGGCCUUAUUAAUAUUUUUUUCAAGAUUUGGCUUUUUUAGUCCAGUUAAUUUUUUAAGUGUCUUAUUUUUGGACUAUGGAGAGAGGAGGGGGGCUCUCACCGAGCCCCACUGUGUGAUUUCUGCUGGUGUACGACCACAUCAGCUGGAUUGGCCUUGUCUGCCUGGAGAUCGUUGGCGCUUCUGCAGUUUUGAUAAGAGCAGCUGGGGAGGAGAGCAGAUUUCACAGCAGGAAACUCAGGAAUGUUUCUGCCAGGAAAGUUGAAGUGCAGCGUGAUCAGCUCCUCGGUAGCACAGACGCAUGUUCUGCUACGGAAAGAUUCCCCACACUGAGCUGAAAACCGAGAUGUCAAGCUUUCCUGUAAAUGUUUAUAAUUAAUUUUAUUUACAUCUGUUUUUUGUUUUUAUUUAGCUGUGAGAUUAUCCAUUGGGAUUAUUACAUUGUUUUUGCUUAAAGGGAAACUUUGGUAUUUUACAAUCUAGACCUUAUUGUCCCCAUGUUUUUGUGACUAACAGUUUUAUAAACAGGUCCAAUACUGCAGCUGGAAAAUAAGCUGCAAUGUAUUUGCUCAAACUGCAACGAUCACUGUCCAUCUUUGCUCCCAAAGGCGUCUGACAACAUUAUGGAGAAGACACUACAGAGGAGUAAAAUGUUUUUCUUUAUGUUUUGAUUGAUCUGGUGUGUUUGUUAUCGUGACUAACCAAGUCUCAGUCAAGAAGAAGUGUCGUUCUGAAAUAUUACGAGGUGACUUAUUGUCUGAAGGGGUGGACACGUGACGGAGAGAGUUGGAGGGAGGAGUGCUCGAAAGAGUUUGUGUGUGGAGUACUGAAAACGUAUUUUAGUGUUAUCUAAAAGAUAUUCAUGUUGGCAUGGCUGAAUAUUUAGCUGAUUUUAACAAUGUGGACAAGCAGUGUUGACAACUUGGCAACUUUCUUGCUAGAUAUAGCAAGGUUUCACAUCCUCUUAGUAACUUUAUUUCUAAAAAGUGACAAAUUGUGCUAAUAUGCAAGUGAGCAUACGGCAUAAUUUUUAUGACUUUUAGCAUCCUUUUGGACCUUGACAAAUAGUUGGCAACACUGCACAUGAGAUUUCAGAACGAGACUUCUACUUGAGCAAGACUUGGUUUGACAUUAUAACAAACUGACCAGAAACAGCAAUAAGGUCAAGAAAAAACAUCUAAUUUCUCUGUAAGUAUCCUCUCCAUAAUGUUGUCAGACUCUUUAAAUAACAAUCUGAGCAUGUCGGUGGCAAAAACAAACACUUGUAGUGAACUUACACUGGCGGUAUACAGUUGGACUGCAAGAUUACAUUGCAGCAAUACUGGAGCAGUUAAAAAAAAGUUGUUGUCCUCAUUAGACACAAAAAAGUGGGAUAUGGAGUCCAAGUUGAAAAAGACAGAAGUUUCCUGUUAAGACGGUAGUUCUGACAACUUUGUGCAAUACAUCAAAGAACGGUGACAAAAUGACAAGAAUGUCUUAUUUCAGUGAUGAAACCAAACUAAUCAUGCAUCAAAAUAACACAAACCUGAUUCUGUGUUAAUUUAACGUUUUACUUACAUUAUAGACGAGUAAGGUAUGCGAAGAGAUAAAGAGGCUGUUAUUUUUUAUGUGCCAUAAUUUGAUACAGCUUAUCUGACGCCAUGACACUGGCCCCGCCUGAGCUGAGGCUAUAUGUGACUUAUGACUGACUUUAUUUUAUUACCUAAUGUUGCUGGUAAUUAUAGAAAAUAAUCUGUGAACAACUUUUGUGUUUUAGCUCUUAAUAAUACAACAAAGCUCUCAUGCUGUAGGUUCUCUUGCACAGUCCACUACAAACAUUAUUUUCAUACAGAAACCUGGAAGGGGGUUUGGUUGGUAAGAAGUUGAAACUGAUGUGUCUCAGAAGCCGACAAUCAAACACAACAUGGACACUAAGUGAUGAAUGUGAUAAUACUUUUUAUUUUUACAUGACUUAUUGUGAUGCUGCUCCUCAGACAGAGUCUGGUUGAGGAAUAAUAAGGGCUCCUAUAUUAAAUAUCCAUCUUUAUGUCCCUGUAUUUGUAAUGCUGGCACCAGUUUUAUGUUUUUAAUUUACAUUUUUGUCCGAAUGUUUAUUUUCUUUCUCCAAAGCCAGAGUUGAUGUUUGCCCUACACAUUCCAUACUGUCAGUCCUUUAAAAAGCUGUAGAGUUAUUUCCAUGCUACAUGUUGGUUGAAAGGGCCCCUUCCUGUCUGAAUUUAGCAAUAAUGUUUGAAAGUCAACAGCAAAAAAAAUAUGAUAGAAGUCCUACCAAUAAGAUCCGUUGCCAAGUGUUGGGAAUAGCUGUUUACUUCUCAGCUCAUAAACAUUUAUUUUUCUUUUUUUAAAAGUGAACAGAAAUGACAUUUACGUUGUUAGUCGAUCCAUGUUCCACUGUAAGGCUCAGUGUUAAUAUUCCCACGAUUGUGUCUCAGUGUUCAACCUGCCUGUUACCUCCCGCUGCCUCUGAUAGACAUUUCUGCGCUGCCAAUGAUGUGGAAGAGACACACAAACAUCUGAGAUCAGAACAGCUUGUUCACAUUUGCUGCACCUUCUUUGGAAACUCCCUAAAGCAGCUGAUCGCUUAUUGAUGUUUGGCGAUCAGCUUCUCGCUCUUAAAAAUCUCGUAAAUUCAACCCAGAAGUAUUUUCCAGUUUCUUACUUGAAACUGAACGUUUACAUAGAGAGAAAAAAUGACUGCAAGACUUAUUAAAAUCUACUCACAGAUCUCGUUUUUUCAAGUGAAUAUCUCUGUCCCUGCCCCCCAAACAAAGUGUGAUUCUGUGAAGCUGUUCGGCUCAGAUGUGAAAAUGAAGUGUACGGUAUACCAUGUUUAAUGCAAAAAUCAAACACAUAAAACUUGAUCGGCCACCGUGGACGUCCUUCAUAACAUUUUAGUCUCUAAACUGGCAUUUUGAAAACUUGAGAUUGUGGGGGAAAUGAGCAGUUUUACAGUAAAGGCUUUGGUCCCUCCUAGGUGGGCUCUACUUAACUUAGAUAUAGUUAUGCAACAACUGAUUCCUAAGGGAAGUAUAUUUCAUAGACACCCACACAAGACCUGAAUCUGGGAUGUAACUGCACACACACAACUGGACUGUUAAAGAGGAGGAUGGUGUGAUAACAUUAACUCAAAGGGUCACGUCAAGGGUCUCGUUUGGUGCUAUGAAAUGCAAUACUUCCCAUCUGUAUCAAGUGCAUUACACAUAUACUGUAUUUUGUAAUACAGAGAAUUUUACAGUGUAUAAAUAUUGAUAUUUAUCGCUGUACGAUGCUUGUUCAGUGUUAUUUAUGAGAGAGAAAAUAAAACCUGUCAGACUUUGUUACAAAAA